UCCUGCUUAAACUUUCCAGAAUACUUUAAAAAUCGGAAGCAAAUGAAAUCUCAUAAAUAUUUGAUACGUUACUAAAGCAUUAGAAUAAGAAAUAUAACACGCAUGAUGAAUUUACGUAACAUACCUAAAAUCGCUACAUAAUACAGGUGGAAACUACAUUACACCUGUGUAUCGCAUAUAAUGUAUUUUCCUAAACGUUAUCCUGUGCAUCAAGCUUUAAACAAGGUACAUGGACGAUCGAUAUGCCCAUCUAUCUCUAAACUAUAUAAUCGUUGCGGACCAUACGUGUUUAUGGAUGUUCAAUGGUUGACAGCUGUCAGUCGCACAUAGGUUGAUAGUGAGUCACGAUAUUGGCAGUGGAAUUGGGUGAAGACCAUUCACCUCGACAGGUGACUAAGAGCCUAGGAAUUGCUGCUACCUCUUUUUAUCUUGAAGUUGUGUUAUCGUCUGUUGCGCACGCACUCGCCCGUAGCUAAAAGCGGUUCAUGCUUUUGUGACUUUUCCUUUAGACAAAAACCUAAUCAAGCACUUGCUUUUUGGCCUCCAAGUUUUGUGCUGGUCCGCCACAGAUAUCGCACGUCAUCACCUACCCCUUUGUUCAGAUGUCCAGGUAUUUUUUCGACAUAACCGGCAUGGCGUCUAGCUCCGUCAGCCAGGAGGACUUUGACAAUGAUUUUAAACUGACAUCCAGGAGGUCCAGGAUCAGGACAGCACGAGCACGUGUUGGACCACCCAGACCAGGGGACACCUCUUCCAUAGGUUUUCAAAAGAAUGCAUCAAACGUAGAGGAGGCUCAGGAAGUAUGCGAUAUGAGCUCUAACAACGUGCCUGAUCACGAGAACGCGCAAAACAAACCGAUAAUGAGAAAGCAGGACAAACGGGUGACUGGCCGUGUCUUUAGUGUCGUAUCCUGUUUGCACAGGCCAACGCAUAUAAACAAGGGGAAGCAGCAGCGGGAUAGACGAAAGCUUAGGGAAAAGAGACGAAGCACAGGAGUGGUACAUUUGCCAUCGACGGAGAGUACAGGAGGUAGUACAGGAGAAGAUGAGGAAGAGCUUAGUGGCACUUGUCUUGAAACUAAACACAACACACAUCACAAUGAGUUCCUUGAUCAUGAACUCUUAGAAGAACGGACAGCAAAAAUGUUUACACAAAGGCGAAUUAAAAGGCAUUACCGUACUUCCUACAGGUCAUGUAUAAAUAGGCACAGUUGCCAUUCCGAUUUGGAAGCAGACGACGAGGAAUUCGACUCCCUGAAUCAGUCUGACAGCGUGAAUCAAUCCGAUCACGGAAAUCACGAGCCGCAGACGUCUGUGAAUACUGGCAGCAGGCCUAGACUGCCUACGCCUACGGGAGACAAUCCACACGAAUUGAUCGAGCGGACGCAGGAGGAGAACAGGAGGCUACUGUCGCUCCUCGAGGAUCGUGAUCAUAAGAUCAUGGCUCUCGAGGCCCGUCUGUUACAACAGAAACACGAAAUGGCCAUGGAACGCGAGCGACUACGGGAGGAAAAUGCCGCGUUGAUUCGCGCAAUGGCGGCUCUUGCCAGUAAUUAGCUUUCCUUCUCGCGAGGACACAACCCGACGCUACGUAUCAAUCCUACGAUCGAUUCUAGAAAUCAUUGGAUUAGUGGAUCGAAAAGCUAUAUAUAACAAUAGUUUAUAUUAAUCGUGAAUGUACUUGUUAAUAAUAGCCAAGAGAGAAAUAGCGAAGCGAUUUUAAACGAAAAAACAUAACACAGAAGAAAGAUGAUUAAUUGAUAAGCCAGGCUGCAAGAGAAUUAGGGUAAGUUACACAGUAAUGUUACAGUCCGUUUUCAAUUCCUCUGUAUAAUGUUUUUGUAAUAAGCAAUAGAUCUCGUCUCACGAGUUUGAAGGUAAUCGAUCGUUUAUCCGCUUCACUUAUAGAGCUUUAGUUGUACAAAUCCAAUUACGUAGCAGCCAGUGUUGGGCAAAUUUUAGUUAAAAUUACAAUUAUUGACCUAUGA